AUGACGAAUAACAAGUUAACGGGCGCUGAUGUCGCCAAGCACAACUCCAAGGACUCUUGCUGGGUCAUUGUACACGGAAAAGCCUAUGACGUGACCGAGUUUUUGCCAGAACACCCUGGUGGCCAGAAGAUCAUUCUCAAGUACGCCGGCAAAGAUGCGACCGAAGAAUUCGACCCCAUCCACCCCCCAGAUACCCUCGACAAGUACCUCGACUCCUCAAAACACCUGGGCGAAGUCGAUAUGGCGACCGUUGAGCAGGAGGAGAAGGCUCAUGACCCCGAAGAAGAUGCUCGCCAAGAGCGCAUCGAGCGCAUGCCCCCUCUCUCGGCAUGCUACAAUCUGCUAGAUUUCGAGACUGUUGCGCGGAGCGUGAUGAAGAAGACUGCUUGGGCUUAUUAUUCUAGCGGUGCGGAUGAUGAAAUUACUAUGCGCGAGAACCACCAAGCCUUCCAGAAGAUCUGGUUCCGGCCCCGAGUUCUAGUUGAUGUCGAGAACGUGGACUUCUCGACCAAGAUGCUGGGCACCAAGUGCUCGAUCCCGUUCUAUGUCACGGCAACUGCUCUUGGAAAGCUAGGUAAUCCUGAGGGCGAAGUUGUUCUGACUCGCGCGGCACACGACCAUGAUGUCAUUCAGAUGAUCCCCACCCUUGCCUCGUGCUCUUUCGACGAGAUUGUCGACGCGCGCCGAGGCGAUCAGGUGCAAUGGCUGCAGCUGUACGUGAACAAAGACCGCGCCAUCACCAAGCGGAUCAUCGAGCACGCCGAGGCCCGCGGCUGCAAGGGACUCUUCAUCACCGUUGACGCCCCUCAACUUGGCCGCCGUGAAAAGGACAUGCGAUCCAAGUUCUCGGAUGUUGGCUCCAAUGUUCAGGCAACCGGAGGCGAUGAAGUCGACCGCUCCCAGGGUGCCGCCCGCGCCAUCUCAUCAUUCAUCGAUCCCUCGCUAUCGUGGAAGGACAUUCCUUGGUUCCAGUCUGUCACCAAGAUGCCCAUUGUCCUCAAAGGCGUCCAGUGUGUUGAAGAUGUCCUCCGCGCCGUCGAGGCCGGAGUCCAGGGUGUCGUUCUCUCCAACCACGGUGGUCGCCAACUCGACACUGCCCCAUCGGGCAUUGAAGUCCUCGCCCAGGUCAUGCCGAUCUUGCGCGAGCGCGGCUGGGAGAACCGCAUCGAGAUCUUCAUUGACGGCGGUAUCCGCCGUGCAACUGAUAUUCUCAAAGCUCUCUGCCUAGGCGCCAAGGGCGUUGGUAUCGGCCGUCCUUUCCUGUUUGCCAUGUCUGCAUACGGCCAGCCUGGUGUCAACCGAGCCAUGCAGCUCCUGAAAGACGAACUCGAGAUGAACAUGCGCUUGAUCGGUGCCCAGAAGAUCGCAGACCUCAACCCUAGUAUGGUUGACGUGCGCGGUCUGGUUGGUGGUCACAGUGCGUCUGUGCCAGCCGAUACGCUGAGCCUGGGUGCUUACGACCCUCUUCAGGCUCCGAGGUUCAGUGAGAAGGCCAAGCUGUAAAGAUUUUUUUUUCUGUGCCUCUCGUGCAGCCGACGAUGUUAUGGGUAGUCGAUUAGAUUUGUAUAUAAUACCCCAUUUAGAGUAAACGUAUUUAUUAUUUUACCUCCA